AUGUGGUACGGCAGAUCGCAGGAAGGAGUCCCGCAAUUACAACAGCGACUUGCGUUGGAUGCUGUAUGGGUUGUACCAGGAGAUAUUCGCAAAAAGUAUUUGAAGGAUGAAUUGCGUACUGAUAGAUUAGAAGCUGAAGUAUAUUUAAAGUGGUCAGCAAAUAUUGGUAUUAAAAAUCGAGUAAAAAUUGUGCUUGAAAAUGGAUAUUCAUGUAAUGCACCUGCAUGUUUACUUACUGCAUUCUCGGAUAUCUUUCGCAAACUUAUUUCAGCACAAGCAACACAAGAAACACUUUCAUCGGGUAAAGAAAUCACAGUUCAUUUAAAUGAUAUGCCAAAUAUUACGAAUGCCGGUCUCUAUAAUGUGGUAGCUUUCAUUCAAAGUGGACAAAUCAAAUUUUUAGAAAAUGAAUUGGAGAAUGUUCUAAUAGCAGCUAAUGAUCUUCAAGUGACUUCAUUGGUAUCAUUAAUUUGUGAAGAAAUGACUGAACGCAUAUUAGAAAAUACAUCACCACCAAUUUCAUUACUUUACUCAGCUAUUGCUUGUUUACCUCCACAAUCACAAUAUCGUAAUAUGGUUGUUGAUGGUGCAGCAAUAAAAUUUCAUGAUAUUCUGGCAAGCCCAAAAUUUUCAGAAUUAUCAUUCGAAUUGCUUUACGCACUUCUUUCUUCACCACUAUUACAAGGACCUGAAUGGGUAUUAGAAAUUUAUGAAGCGAUCAUAUUUUGGCUUCAAAAUAAUCCUGAACAUAUUUGUUAUGCGUCAGCUCUUUUGGAUAAUGUUAAUUUCAAGGAAAUUAUUCAUGUGGCUGAUAAUCGUCAAAAAAUAAUGAAGAAAUCAUUGGAGGUGCCAGAUUUGGGACCAAUUGUGCAAGUCUUUUUAAUGGAUGCAGUUUAUGCCAAAUUUAUGGAUGAUUUGGCGUCACCACAAAAUCGCAAUCAACCAUUAUCAUCGCCCAUCUAUACGGUGUCUGGUGCAGAAAAUGCAGUUACACCAACUCCAUUAGGAGGAACAUUAGGAUUAGCACCAUCACCUCUUGGAUCAUAUAUCAUUCCACCUUUUGAUUCGGUAUCAUCUGCUGCAACAACCAAAAGUAUUAGUAAUGAAAUAUCCGUAUCAGUUAACAAAAACUGGCGUCCAGCUCAACAGCUUCCAAUAGGAUCUGCACGUAAUGAUCCGGUACUCACCUACUCAAAUGUUCCUAUUACUACUUCUGCUGCUGCUGCUAGCGAUGAUACUGCUGGUGCUAUUGGCGGUGGUGUAAUGGAGCCAAAAAGUUCAUUUAUUAACAGUUUAUCAGUGAAUAUGCUAAAGAAAGAAUGGAAUAUACGUACCGGUGAUAUGAUCAUAUUAUUUGGUAAAAUUACUUCUGGUCGUCGUUUCGAACUUGAUUCCGAUUCUUGA